CUUUUUAACUUUUUCCUAAAUAAAACAUAUCUGAAGCAAUUCCAAUGUUGCAAAAAGUAUUAGAGACUCGGCAACCGGAGAGUUGGAAUAACUUCGGCGACUGCGAUUCCGACUUCACCGUUUGACUCAGACUCCGAACUUGGCAUUCCCAAUUCCUCCCCGGCCACCGUUCCUUGGUCAACCGGUCGCCGAUUUCUUAUUUUUGAGUAUUUCUGCUCAGCCUUAGAAAGUGAGUAAUAAGAGUAGAAAGGAAGGAUAAUGGAGGGGCAAAGGUACGUGUGGGAGGGUGCAAUUCCUAUGCAGAUUCAUCUCCAUGAAUCCGAAGUAACUACUCUGCCUCCUCCUCCUCCAGCUCUUAUCUUAGCUCCACGGAUUGGGUACUUACCUCUGCUUAUUCAUCUUAUAAAGCCUCACUUCGCUGCUACUCUUCCUCCUGGGGUCGACACCGUCUGGUUUGACUAUAAUGGCUUGCCUCUCAAGUGGUAUAUACCAACAGGAGUUCUCUUUGAUCUUCUUAGUGCUGAACCUGAAAGGCCUUGGAAUUUGACGGUACACUUCAGGGGAUAUCCAAAUAAUUUAUUGAUUCCUUGUGAAGGUGAAGACUCUGUAAAAUGGAGCUUUAUUAAUUCAUUGAAAGAGGCAGAUUACAUAAUUAAUGGAAAUUGCAAGAAUGUCAUGCACAUGUCUCAAUCCGAUCAAGUGGAACUUUGGCACUCUGUGAUGAACGGCAAUUUGGAAGCAUACUUACGUGCGUCGUCUAAGCUUAAAUUUGGAAUAAUUGAGGAUGAGAAUACAUUGAAAAUGGAUUUGCACUCACAAAAGUCUCGAAAGACUGAUGGUGAGGCUGAUAUGGGCGGGCAAAUGAAGACAGGUAAAAUUCCAGUUCGAUUGUAUGUCCGGACUGUUAGUGAGGAUUUUGAAGAUUUAGAAGAUAUGCCUAAAAUUGAUAGUUGGGACAAAAUUUCUUAUAUAAAUCGACCUAUUGAGAUACAUAGAGAAGGUAAAUGUUUCACCCUACAUGAUGCACUGAAAACUCUUAUGCCAGAAUUUUUGGCGGACAAAUCCUUAACUGACGAGGAACCAUUGAGAGCAGAAGGUGGAGAUGAACAAUUAGUAUUGUCAGAAGAGGUGAGCAGCAAUAGAAUGGAUGCUGAGGGAAGAGAAAUUUCAUGUUCAUCCGUGGAGUCUCCCUACGCGUCUGGCGGUGCUGAAAUUUUACUUGUCCGCAUUCAGGGCAUUGAACCAAAACUUGAGAUACCCUUCUCUUGGGUAGUGAAUAAUUUGAAAAAUCCUGAGCACUUUCUUCAUAUUUGUGUCUGUCUCAAAUUUCCACAAGUAAAUUCUUAGCAUUAUUAUUAUUUUUUUUAAAAAAGAUGUUCGCUUA